AAAUAUAUGUUCAAAUAAUGCUGUGCGGUUAAAAUUAAAAAGUGAAACUUGAGACGUUAAAAUCUUGAUCAGUUUAAAACGGUUCAGUGAUAAUCAUACUUUCUUUCAGAGGUUGAUUCAAAAGCAAUUGGAAUCCGCGUAAACGCGUAAACGAUAGUGUACACCUGUACUUUGUGAUAUAGAAGAUGAGAGGAUAACAAAGUUAAUUACAUUUAAGUGCAAGAAUAAAAUAUGGAAAAGGCAAGAGAAGCAAUGUUGCAAAGACGAGAGGUUGACAGCGAAAGACCAAAAGUUCUUAAAUCUGCAAUUGAGGCGGACUGGAGUGAAGGCGGCGGAGGAGAGGAUUGGUUAAGGCGGAGGACAGGUCGAAGCGACUACUGGGAGGAGGAGACAAGGCGGAGUUGCAGAGAAUGGGUUCCUGCCUUGGGACAUAUCAUCAGCUGUAUCAUUCUCGUAGCUGAACUAGUGCUCUGGAUACAGGUUAUGCAAUUAUGGCGCUCAGCACCUACUCCAUAUAACUUUCUAUCAGGAAUAAUUCCAUGUUUACUUCCUCUCAUUGUACUUCCAGGCCUGGCUGUACUGCAUUCACUCACAAGGGGUCAGCUGUCUUUCAAGGAGGGAUUGUUGAUGCUAGUUCCUCCUUCUCCUAUUCUCCUUCAUGCUAUCCUCGUUUGUAUCUGUAUAGGAGGAGGAGAUAGGUCCAGGUAUAGUCGUGCUGCCCGUGUUGCAAGCUUUGUUCAAUCCUGCCUGAUGUCCUUCCCUCUUCUUAUUCUAAGUGUGACAACAGUUAUCCAUGCAGUUUUAGAGGAGGAUUCUGUUAAUACUGCACUUUUACAUAGAUACAUGUACGACAACAAGUUUAUGUUUUUUGCUGCGACUAUCAGUUUCCUGAAUCUGCUAAUUUCUUCCUUCAGAUUCAACGAAAGACUAACAGGUCGCCCUGUUGCCAUUCUGGUUGGUCUGCCAUUUCUCUUCUCAACUAUUCUCUUUAGAUUGCUUGGAUUCGGUAUACUAUUCAGUUUAUUUGAUAAUGCCUGGAUAAUCUUGAGCCUAGGAAUCAUGUUCACAAUGUCAGCCUUGUCUGUACAACUCUCUAGUAGUAUGACAAUUUGCAGCAAAAUAUUCAGGCGAAUGUGUGGAGAUGACACAGUGAGUAUGGAUGAGAAGAAAUCUUCUAUUGCUUCUUCUCUUCUCCUAAGUAUUGGAGGGGUUCUUCUUCCUACAGGAUAUUCUAGGGAUAUAAAGUUGGGUCAUGUGUCUGGCAGAAGCUGGAGGCUGAUUCUAAUCAACGCAAUUGGAUCCCUGGCUAUACUCAGUGUUGUUAUCAGUACUGCAAUAUUACAGCAUAUUCCAAAUACAUUUUCAGGACAAUCCCUGAUCAGUAUGAUCAUGAACAUGGGGGAGAUGGAGAUCACGAUCAAGACAGGGGGCAAGGAGUUCACUAUGGACAUGCCUAAGACUCAGAUCAAUGUCAUCGGAGAACGACAUGCUAAGGCCACAAUGACCUUGAACAGUCAUGAUGAUAUGUAUAUAUCCUACAUAGUUCCCAGCUUACUUUGUGCUUUAGUUCUACCGUUUACUGUACUCAGAAUACUCUUACUAGGAUGGGACUGCACACUGGAGAGAAGGUCCGAAGAAGAUGAUCUAUAUAAUGAAAGAAGGAAAGUAAGUUCUGGUCGAAGCUGUUGUGCUGUGAUGUGGAGUAUAGCAUCUCUGAUGUCCUUCACCUCCCUGUUCUCCAUGUGCCUGGGUACACUUGUACUCUGCCUUGUACUAAUGCACGUACAUCCUGGACACACAGGGGACCAGUAAACUAGUUUGUCUCCGCAGUCCUCAUCUCAAUCAAAAUAAGAAGAAUAAGAAUCUACAGAAACUCCUCUCUUUAGAUAAUAGACAUAGAGCGAUUCCAUUUCAUAUUUGAAAUAUUCACGAGCCGUCCAUAUUUGAAAUAUUCAUGAGCCGUCCAUAUUUGAAAUAUUCAUGAGCCGUCCAUAUUUAAUUUUUUGUUAUUUCAUAUUUUACGUUAAGACGUUACCUACCUGUACUACCUACCUAGUUUCCAGUCGAGACUAGGACAUAGUACAGUUUUAAUACAGUAAUGGCAGCUUUGAAAAAUGUUGAUUAUAAGAUCAAAAUUAGUGGAAUUAUGAGCAUUUCUUCCCUUAUUACUGACGUAUUAUUUUAA